UCCUCCGCUGGUAUCCUCACCGAUUUUGUGAUGACGCUGCUGUGAGAAUGCUGUGAUACGGCACCGAAGGCAUACAGCCAAUAGAGGAAUUGACAGCCGACGGCCAGUUAACAAAACGAAGGUGAAUAUUGACAGUUUUUCGACCAAUCUUUCGUUUUUUUCUCACCUCCUGCACAUAUUUUGAUGCUUUUGUUCCAUUUCUAGCAUCCUGCAGGCCUUGAAUGCGAGGGAUGAAAAGAACUCCUUCUCCGCGCUCGAACAAAUCCUACCAUUCACCAAGCUCGUCCCCCAGUUCCCCGUCAAAUAACUCUCAACAAAUCUUUUUGAAUAGGAUUAGUAAUAACCCAGAUUCACUCUUUAGAUUAGCUUCAGCAUAGCCCCAUUAGGUAUAUAAGCACAUAGGGCACCCACUGUUUAUAUCCUUCCUUAUACUGUAGGUAGCUCUUUAACCUACAUGCUCUUUACACCUUCCUAACAAACCAUUAUCGUGAAGACUUCGACUUGUCGACGACAUGGCAGAUCUACGUUCCGCUCAAGAUGUUAUCGCGGCCUUGAACCUCACUCCUCAUCCCGAAAAAGGUUACUUCGUCGAGACCUUCCGAGACACUGAAGGCACUGCCGAGCAUCAAUCUCAUAGCACAUGUAUCUACUAUCUUUUGGAGGGCGACUCUGGACUUUCACAUUGGCAUCGUGUACUUGACGCAACUGAGGUCUGGCAUCACUAUGCUGGGGCUCCUCUAAAAUUGUCUUUGUCUUGGGAUGAUGGCAGCCCUGUAAGGCACAAUAUUCUGGGGAAAGACUUGUGGAAUCAAGAGAAGCCUCAAGUGGUGGUGCAGAAGAAGGAGUGGCAACGAGCUCAAAGCCUGGGCGCGUGGACACUCGUGGGAUGUACGGUCGCCCCGGCAUUCACCAUGGAAAGCUUUGAGAUGGCUAAGGAGGGGUGGGAGCCGAAUGGGACAGGCGAUGCAGCCAAGAAUAAUUAAUUGCUUGAUGACUGGCUGCCUUGUCAUUAGGCCUGAUGCAGAUAUUACUUGACACACACCUGUGGUCUUGUACACCUGUCAGCAAAUCAAUGAAGAAUGAAUGCAACCUCAAA